UCCCCAACUAACGACCACACCAAAGAAACAACAAAAAAGUUGGAAGAGGGAGAAACCCGCAGCUCCGAAUACGCGUCCUCACUCCGUCAUAUUCAACCACCACAACUCACCCUUACGCGGUUACGCCGGCGAAAACUCGCCAUCACGCCGGCGAAAACUCAACCUCACCCUCACGCAGCAGAGAAUAUUUGACGAACAUACAAGAAACCGACCGCAAAAAGUUAAAGAGAGUGAAGUGAAGCCGCAGCGGCGAGUUCAACCACCACCGUCGCCGCGCAUCUACAGCAGCCUCCAAAGCCGGAGUCGCGUCGACGCUUUACCCACCCCAGUUUGUUCAUUGUAAUUCUCCGGCUCCAUGAACUCUUCGGUCUUUUAGGGAAUUUGGUAUCAUGAAAAGGAGGGAGCGUAGUUGGAUGUAUGAUAGACUUGAUGGGCGUCACCUUAAACCCGACUUUGUCAACGGAGUUGGAGAGUUCAUUGAGUUUUGCAAAGAGCAUCCAAGUUGUGGAGACGGUGACAAAAUAAGAUGCCCAUGCCCCAAGUGUGAUAACAGACGUUUCCAUGAUGUCGAAACAGUGAAAGUACAUUUGUACAAGAAGGGGUUUGUUCGUAAUUACUAUCAAUGGAUGUGUCAUGGGGAAAGCUUAGGAGAGUCCUCGCGUGUUCAAUCAAAUCCAUACCGGGAUAUGGUUAUCAAUUCUCUUGGCAAUAAUCAAAAACAUUUGUUGAAUGAAAAGGUAAAGUCAGUUGAAGAAGAACCAAAUGAUGAAGCUAAGAAGUUUUUUGACCUUCUAAAGGCAGCUGGAGAUCCAUUAUAUGAAGGGAGCAACAUAUCUGUGUUGGAGAUGGCAUCAAGAAUUGCAAGUUUGAAAUGUGAAUACAACUUACCACACAAGUGUGUUGAUGAAUUUGCUUCCUUGUUGAAUGAAACGAAUCCAAACAACAACCAACUGGGUAGAACUUUAUAUGCCACAAAGAAGGUUCUUACGGGAUUGGAACUUCCUCAUGAGAAGAUCCACACAUGCCCUAAAGGUUGUAUGCUUUUUUGGAAAGGCGAUGUGCACUUAAAUAAAUGCAAUGUAUGUGGAAGUGAUCGGUAUAAGAAGAAUCUUAAGGGCAAGCUUAUUCCAGCAAAAGUUUUAAUCUAUUUUCCAAUCACACCAAGGUUGCAAAGGUUAUUUGCAACCAAGAACAUUUCGAAGGAUAUGACAUGGCACGCCAAGAAUACUCGAGUUCAAAACACCUUGGCACAUCCUAGUGAUAGUGAAGCAUGGAAGCACUUGGAUACAACCUUCCCCGAUUUCGCCUCAGAGCCACGAAAUGUCAGGCUUGGUUUAUGCAUGGAUGGAUUUGCACCCAAUGGUAAAUCUAGAGAUCAAUAUUCAUGUUGGCCUGUUAUUCUUACACCAUACAACUUGCCUCCAUCAAUGUGUAUGAAAAAACCCUUUAUGUUCCUUUCUUUACUCGUCCCCGGUCAUAAAAAUCCGAAAGGAAACUUGGAUGUGUACAUGCAACCGCUCAUCGAAGAGUUAAAACAGUUGUGGGAGAUUGGAGCCAUGACUUAUGACAUUUCAAGCAAGCAAAAUUUCAACCUUCGCGCAGCCCUUUUGUGGACCAUUAGUGAUUUUCCUGCAUAUGGCAUGUUAUCUGGAUGGUCCACUGACGGUAAAAAGGCAUGUCCUUACUGUAUGGAUAAAAGCAAGACAUUUUGGCUUGACCAUGGAGGUAAAGUUACAUGGUUUGAUUGUCAUCGUCAAUUUCUUCCUCAUGAUCACCCUUUUCGAACAAAUAAAACAGCUUUCUGCAAAAACAAAGUUGAAAAUGGCAUGGGUCCGCAUGUAAUGUCUGGAGAAGAUUUGUGGCAAUGUGUGAAGGACUUGCCUAAAGCAACUGAUGGUUCUGAAGCUCUUAAGAGAUUGAAAAAUGUCAAAAGGGGAUGGUUCAAACAGAGUAUUUUAUGGGAACUCCCAUACUGGAAGGAUUUGCUUAUUCGUCACAACCUAGAUGUCAUGAACAUUGAAAAGAACUUUUUUGACCAACUCAUUAAUACUGUGAUGGAUGUGAAAGGCCGCACCUCAGACACCAUUAGUGCAAGGAAAGACAUGGAACGUUAUUGUAAACGUCGAUCGUUAGAGCUUCUAUUUGAUGAAAAUGGUAAUUACACCAUGCCCAAAGCACCUUUCACACUUGACAAGGCUCAAAAGAAGGUGUUAUGUGAAUGGGUUCGAGACUUAAAGUUCCCGGAUGGAUUCGCUUCAAAUUUGAGCACUUGUGUUGAUCUUCAAACAUGUAAGUUGCAUGGAAUGAAGAGUCACGAUUGUCAUGUCUUCAUGGAGAGGUUACUACCAGUUGCUUUAAAAGAAUUGCUUCCCUUGCAUGUUUGGAAGACAAUUACGGAGAUUAGUCAAUUUUUUCGGGACUUAUGUGUUGCCACUAUCAAAGUGAGUGACAUAGAUCGCUUGGACAAGAAUAUAGCUGAGAUCUUGUGCAAGCUAGAGACGAUUUUCCCACCUGCAUUUUUCGAUUCAAUGGAACACUUGCCAGUUCAUCUUCCAUAUGAGGCAAAGGUUGGUGGUCCCGUCCAGUACAGGUGGAUGUACCCAUUUAAAAGGUUUCUUAACCAUUUGAAGCGUAAGGUUGGGAACAAGGGACGUGUAGAAGAUUCCAUAUGCAAUGCUUACCUAAUGGAGGAAAUAUCAAACUUUUUUUCCAACUAUUCUCAACCUGGGGUUGACACUAAAGCAAGGGACUUUGAAAGAAAUGUCAAUUCGGUUGUUGAGAAUCAACAUGAUGUUAAUGUUCCCGAGAUGUUCAAGGUUGAUAGUGGUCGUGCACCUACUAAUGGCCGUUUGCGCUUCUUGCAAGACAUGGAGUAUGAUCGAGCACAUAUUCAUGUGCUUGCAAACACUAAUAUCUUAGGUGAAUAUGAAAGGAAAUUUGUGGAGCACAUUCUCCAAACUCAACCACAAAUAGCUAUGGAUGAUAUUUGGAGUAAAUGCGAAGCUCAGUUCCCUGGAUGGUUUAAGUCACAUGUACUCCGAGAAAUGACAACUGAUGAUGUUAUACGCGCCCUUGCAAUGGGCCCCUCUAGACAAGUGAGAACAUGGAAUCAGUUCUAUGUGAAUGGAUAUAAUUUUCAAACACAUGACUAUGGCAAAAACAAGUCAACUUUGAAUUAUGGUGUGUGUUUACAAAGUCCCGAAGAAAUUGACUAUUAUGGCAUUUUGGAGGAGGUGAUUGAACUUGUUUAUUGUGGUAAUCUUAAAGAGUACAAGUCAAUUUUGUUUAAAUGCAGUUGGAUGGACUCCGUGAAGGGUAUGAACAUUCAUGAACAAUACAAACUUGUGGAAGUCGAUAAUUCUAAGAGAUACCCAAAGUAUGAUCCGUUUGUAUUGCCUUAUCAAGUUAGUCAAGUAUACUUUGCACAUUACCCCAGUUUGAAGAGGGAUAAAGCCCAAUGGUGGGCCGUGUUUAAGACUAAGGCAAUGUCAGUGAUUGAUGCUCCAGUUGACUUAGACUUUUUCCAAGAGGAAUCAAAUGAGGUCUCUUCGGCUCUAUGUCCUCCAGAUGAGAUUCUAGGUUAUGAUGAUCAAGAAGAUGACGAUGAUAGUGAAAUAAAUGAUGGUGUUUCCGAUAGUAUAAGUGAUGAUGAGGAUGAUGAGUUUGACACUAGUGGUGAUGAUGAUGACGAUGAUGACGACGAUGAUGAUGACUACGACGAUUAUGAUGAAAACGAUGAUGAUGAUCUUGAUGUGUUUAGUUCUAUUUAGUUUGUAUAAUUUUAUGUUAACAGAACAUUAUUAAGUUGUUUGUUAAACUUAUGAUUGAAACUAGUAUUGACCAGUGCCAUGUACGACUUAUGUUAUAUUUAAAGCUGAGUUUAAAUUUUCAAAUCAUCAAAAAAGAAUAAGUGUA